AUGAACGCGCACGCUGCAAACGAUUGCUCCCCAUUACCUCUUCCCGCCUCCCCGUUUCCCCUUCCCGCCUCCCCAAUUCCCCUUCCCGACACCCCAUUUCCUCUUCCCGCUCCCCAUUACCCCUUCGCGCCUCCUCGUUUCCCCUUCCCGCUCCCCAUUACCCCUUCCUGCCUCUGCAAUUCCCCUUCCCGCCACCCCAUUUCCUCUUCUCGCUCCCCAUUAUCCCUUCCCGCCUCCUCGUUUCCCCUUCCCGCUCCCCAUUACCCUUUCCCGCCUCCCCAAUUCCCCUUCCCGCUCCCCAUUACCCCUUCCCGCCUCCCCAAUUCCCCUUCCCGCUCCCCAUUACCCCUUCUCGCCUCCCCAAUUCCCCUUCCCGCUCCCCAUUACCCCUUCCCUCCUCCCCGUGACCCCUUCCCGCUUCCCCAUUACCCCUUCCCACUCCCCAUUUCCCCUUCCCGCCUCCCCAAUUCCCCUUCCCGCCUCCCCGCUUCCCCUUCCCACUCCCGAUUAUCCCUUCUCGCCUCCCUUCUCAAACUGCCGAACACACAUCACAGUCGCCGCCCGAUCGCACAGCCUCGCUACCACCCCCUCAUCCCCCCCUUUCUCCCUCUCAUCUCCCCCCCUGCUCCCUGUCAUGUCCCCACCUUCUCUCUCUCAUGUCACCCCCUUCUCCCGCUCAUUCCCCCCCAUUCUCCCUCUCAUUUCUUCCCCUUCCCCCUCUUAUAUCUCCCCCUACUCCCUCUCAUUCCCCCCAUGAAGCCCCUCAUUCCCCCCCUUUCUCCCUCUCAUCCUCCCCCCUGCUCACUGUUAUGUCCCCCCUUCUCUCGCUCAUUUAAAUGCCACAUAACCUCCCUCUCAUUUCCCCGCAUUCCCCCCCCCUUCCCCCUCUCGUUUCCCCCCAUCUCCCUCUCCUUUCCCCACGUGCUCCUUCUCAUUCCCCCCCCCUUCUCCAUCUCGUUUCCCCCCCGCUCAUUUCCCCCCAUCUCCUUUCAUUUUCCCCCCUUCUCCCUCUCAUAUGCUUCUAACCCCUACCCCAUACCCAUCCAUCCCCUGUCAUACCCUUCCAUUCCCUUCCAUACCCUUCCAUACCUUCCAUUCCCUUCCAUACCCUUCCAUUCCCUUCCAUACCCUUCCAUUCCCUUCCAUACCCUUCCAUUCCCUUCCAUACCCUUCCAUACCUACCAUUCCCUUCCAUACCCCAGCCAUACCCUUCCAUACCCUUCCAUUCCCUUCCAUACACUUCCAUUCCCUUCCAUACACUUCCAUUCCCUGCCAUUCCCUUCCAUUCCCUGCAUUCGUGCACAGGCAUAUGACUAG